UCCGCCCUCUGUAUUCAGAGGACACGAGUUUAACUUUAAAAGCAGUUCGUAGUUCAGACAUUUAUUCAUUCACAGACAUAUUAUUGUUGUUAUUAGACAUUUGUCCUACAGAUGCAAUGUGGACCGAUAUGGACGAGAACGAGGCAGAGGAUAUAAAUCAACAAGACAACGACGCAGACGAGAAGAGUAAUGCAGCUGAUGAGUUGGAGGAGACGAGGGGACACACACAGAAAAGAGGACACGGGGGAGUUUUCAACAUAAACCCGGGGGCUACAAUGGAGAAGAUCACCACUCUGAGGGCUGCAUUUGCCCCUCCCAGGAGUCCAGGGGUGAGGCUGCGGGGCAUCAGGUCCGAGCUUUUGGAAAGAAGAAUUGCUCAGAUAAUGAGAGAGAAGAUCCAUGCUGAACGGAACCCACCACUACCCCAAACUGACUUUGCCACCAUAACCCAGAGGGAUUUUCGAGUUGACGGAUUUAUCCCCCAAACUACUAAAAUCACACACCUUCAUGAUUAUAAAACCGAGCAGGCCAUCAGCUACUGGAGUGAAAAUUACCAGCAGAUACAGGGUGUGAGUGCAGUAGAAAGCCCGAAUACUCCCUUCAGAAAGUGCGCCCAGUUCUCCACACCCAUUGAGGAGCAACGGGAAGAAAUUGAGCUCACCAUCGAGUAAUUGUCACUAGCUGCUUUUUAAUAACGUAGAGAAGAUUGUGCUGGUGUGCUUGCACUGUAGACAUUUCUGCCGAUGCAGAGCCUCACGAGUCAUGAUGAAAAACAAUGAUAACAUAAAAUAAACAUUUGUCCAUUGAACUGUAUUGUAAAUGCAUUUUCUGUAGGAUUUUUUGUUGUUUUCUUUAACAUUUUCUUGCCUAAUUUCCCUAAUUUGCACAUUUCCUGAUCAAUAACAGGGCACAAACCUGAGAUGCCGUGAGCAUCGCUUCUCGGCUUAGUGCGCAAGCCUUGCCUACCCAGUUGGAUCAUGGCGCCUGCCAGUUCGUGUUGUCAGCAUGUCGCCAAUAAUAUAAUGUUGAAACAUUUAUUAUACACCAGGCACGUGCACAUAUAGACCCCUCGCGGUGCUCAAGCGCCUGCCUUUAG